AUGCGAAUUCCCUACCGAGCGGAAAGCGAUAGAUUGAAUGAUUGUAGCAUAGCAUUUGGCAAUCCUUUAAUGCAUUUUAAACAAUGGUUUGAGGAAGCUCUUAAGUGCCCUGACGUAUAUGAAGCCAAUGCGAUGACCUUAUCAACUGUUUCAAGAUCUGGGCGUCCUAGAUCGAGGAUUGUUCUCCUGAAAUGUCUCGACGAACGUGGUUUCCAUUUCUUCACCAAUUCAAUGAGUCAAAAGGGACAGGAUAUUUUAAACAAUCCGCACGUUAGUCUUCUCUUCUACUGGGAACCUCUGAAGCGUCAGGUUCGCGUAGAUGGGAUUGCAGAGCUUCUGGGAGACGAUGAAACUGAAAAAUACUUUCAUUCCCGUCCCAAGAAUAGUCAAAUAUCCGCCUACGUUAGUCAGCAAAGCAAACCACUUGCAUCUGAAGACGCUCUUUUGAGGGCUUAUGACGAAGCUGCUGAACAAUUUAAAGAUGUUUCCAAUGUGCCUAGGCCGAAAACUUGGGUUGGUUAUGCCGUAAAACCUGAUCGAAUGGAGUUUUGGCAGGGACAGACCUCACGCCUUCAUGACCGAAUCCUCUUUUUUAAACCUACUGAGGAGAAACCCAUUUCAGAGUUCUCAAAGUCUGCCGAAGAUGGCUGGUAUUUUGAACGCCUUGCUCCUUAA